CUCCCAGCCAGCCAGCCAGCCAGCCAAAGCAUAUACUUGCCAUUAUUUUAAUACUUCCCAAAUUAUGGCUGCAUGGUCUUGUUCCUGUACUGCUUAAUUAUACAUACACACACACAUAUGCACAUAUACAUAUGUAUGUAUGUAUGUGUGUAUCAAAAUAUAGUUAUCAGAAUCAUCUGAUCACUGUAUUGCAUUAGAAUUGCCAAUUUCUCCACAACAAUUCCCUCCACCAUUUUCAGUUUGUGUGUCCUCUAAAUUUUUUGGGGGUUUUCCUAUAUGUUUCCCAAAGUUCAUGCAGGCAUGGAAAUGGAUGACACAAAUUCUGGCAAAAGUAAAGGGAACGCAGAAAAGAGUUUGCGAAUUCUUGUUGAUAAGAUGAGGCGAUUUCCGGGUUUGGUUUGGGAGACAGUGUGGAAGGUGGGACGAGAGGACCCGAGAAGGGUGAUCCAUGCUUUGAAAGUUGGCUUGGCUUUGACACUGGUCUCCUUGUUAUACCUGAUACAGCCGCUGUAUGUUGGGAUUGGCCAGAAUGCCAUUUGGGCUGUCAUGACUGUGGUUGUUGUGCUAGAGUUCACUGCAGGGGCAACUUUAUGCAAAGGACUCAACAGAGGAUUGGGAACACUGAUAGCUGGAUCAUUGGCAUUUUUCAUUGAGUAUGUUGCAACUAAAUCUGGUCGGACUUCUCGAGCAGUUUUCAUCGGAGCUGCAGUUUUUCUGAUAGGAUCUGCAGCUACAUACAUGAGGUUCUUUCCUUAUAUUAGGAGGAACUAUGAUUAUGGAAUUGUGAUAUUUCUCUUGACCUUCAACCUGAUAACCGUGUCAAGCUACCGCAUCGACAAUGUCCUGAAGAUUGCACAUGAGCGCUUCUACACCAUUGCCAUAGGUUGUGGUGUCUGCCUGUUAAUGAGUCUACUGGUAUUUCCAAAUUGGUCAGGAGAAGAGCUACAUAAUUCUACAGUGUUCAAGCUUGAAGGCCUAGCUAGAGCUAUUGAAGCUUGUGUCAACGAAUACUUCAGCGAUGCAGAAAAAGAAGUAUCUGGAGACCAAUCGACGGAGGAUCCCAUAUAUGACUGUUAUAAGGCUGUUUUGGACUCAAAAUCUAUGGACGAAACAAUGGCGCUACAUGCAAGUUGGGAACCAAGGCACUCAAGACACUGCUACAGAUUUCCAUGGCAGCGCUACGUGAAGUUGGGAAACGUUCUUCGCCAUUUUGGCUACACAGUUGUUGCUCUACAUGGAUGUAUACAAACCGAAAUUCAGACACCAAGAUCUGUUAGAGGUCUAUUCAAGGACCCCUGCAUUCGACUUGCGGGAGAAGUAUCGAAAGGGCUAAGGGAACUUGCCAGCAGUAUAAGAAACCGUCGCCAUUGCUCCCCCGAGAUACUCUCCGAUCAUCUCCAUGAAGCUUUGCAAGACCUUAACACUGCCAUAAAAUCACAACCAAGACUGUUCCUUGGCUCCAACAGCAACCAGGCCACCAACAUGCUUGCUCUGGCAGCUGCUCACGCCACUCAAAAGCAAGGAGUCUCGCUAUCGAGUGUGAAAACCGACAGCUCAGCAUUGCUCGACUGGAAAAACAAGAGGACAACCGAGCAGUCAAAGGAGCCGGAGAGGAAAUUCUUGAGGCCCCAGCUGAGCAAAAUUGCUAUCACUGGCCUUGAGUUCUCAGAAGCACUUCCUUUUGCAGCUUUUGCUUCCUUGCUGGUGGAGACUGUGGCAAAGCUUGACAAUGUGAUUACUGAAGUUGAAGAACUGGGAAGGAUUGCAUGCUUCAAAGAGUAUCAACAUGGAGUUGAGGAUAUUGUUGUGACUUGUGAGAAGCCACCAGUGAAUCCUGCUCAAAAUCAACUGCCUUGUCAUGGGGCUGAUUGAUAAUAAAAGAUGUAAAAGUAUUUUGCUAUGUCUUGUUUAUUGGCAGUGGCUGGCUUAUUGUUAAAUGAAACUAUUUGACAUAUUUUUACCUGUCUUUUUUACAGACAAAUGUUCAUUCAUAACUUCAUACCAGAUAAUAAUAAUCAAGUUCAAAUAA